AGUUUCCAUGGAAACUCACAGGCUUCCAACCCAGCCGCUGUCUGGGCAGGCUCCCAACCUGGGCCUCAUCUACCACCAGCUUCUCCGGGAUCCUAGGCCUUUCUAGCCUCAGCUUCUUUGGGCCCUGCAUCCCUUUCCUGAACCUCAGGCCUUCUUUAGGGGCCUGGGCCUCUUUUCUCCUUGACCUUCAGCUCCUCCACAAACAGGCCUCCACAGUGCCUGCCCUCCCUCUCAGGCCUCUCUCUCCUUACUAGCUCUUGGCCUGGUUGGGCCUCCUAGGCCAUUCCACCCUUUGCUCUGCUGCUCAUCCCACAUAUGGAGAACCCAGGACUGACUGUGCAUGGGCAGGCUGCACCCUUUUCCACCGCACUCCGAAGUCUUGUCAACAACUCCCGGUACAGUGAUGUUUGCUUUGUGGUUGGUCAAGAGCGGCAGGAGGUGUUUGCCCACCGGUGCUUGCUGGCCUGUAGAUGCAAUUUCUUCCAGAGACUUUUGGGCGCUGAGCCAGGCCCGGGGGUACCUAGUCCUGUGGUGUUAAGCACUGUGCCGGCUGAGGCCUUCUUAGCUGUGCUGGAGUUCCUGUAUACCAACAGUGUCAAGCUGCACCGCUACUCUGUGUUGGAGGUGCUGACAGCAGCUGUGGAAUAUGGGCUGGAGGAACUUCGAGAGCUAUGCCUGGAAUUUGUGGGGAAGGUGCUGGAUGUGGAGUUGGUCUGUGAGGCCCUGCAGGUUGCCGUAACCUUUGGCCUGGGGCCGCUGCAGGAGCGGUGCAUCGCCUUCAUUGAGGUUCACAGCCAGGAGGCGCUCCGCACCCGUGGCUUCCUGGAGCUGUCGGCCACUGCGCUGCUGCCCGUGCUACGCAGCGACAAGCUCUGCGUGGAUGAGGCUGAGCUGGUCAAGGCUGUCCGAAGCUGGGCGCGCGUGGGCGCCGCGGUGUUGGAGCGACCAGUGGCCGAGGUGGCGGCUCCCGUGGUUCGAGAGCUGAGACUGGCCUUGCUGGCCCCGGCGGAGCUGAGCGCCCUGGAAGAGCAGAACCGACGGGAGCCGCUCAUCCCGGUGGAGCAAAUUGUGGAGGCAUGGAAGUGCCACGCCCUACGGAGAGGCGACGCGGUCCGAGGCGCAGCGUGCCGUCGGCGAAAGGGAACCCUGUCCCGGGAUCACCACCGUUUUCUGGACCUUCGUUUCAAAUGACCUCCUUCCGGAACUUGGGAGGAAUUUGAUCACAACCCAAACUACAGCUCCCGAGGUGCUCUGCGCUCGAGGCCCAGCCAGCCGGAUGUCGGAAGAAUAGUUCUCAGACUAGAGCAAAGCUUAAAGCCUCCGCCUAGAAGUAGGGGCGGGGCAGUGGACACCAGGUUAGGGCCGGCGCCCCGAGACCGGAAGCGAGGGUGGCCUUUGUUCCCUGAGCUCACACCGCAUCCUGCUGCGGGCCACUCCUCUGUCUGUUUGGAUUCGCUGUUAUUUAUUUACCUCCUCGUCUUUAACAACAAAUCAGCUUCCUGGCUCCAGGCUCAGUGCAGAUUUGAGUUUCUCAUCUUUUCUUCCGGCCCCGUAAAUAGUGCCUCUCAUUUCUGCGGGUCAGGAACUGGGAUCUCCUUCUUGCCUACUUCAUGCCUUCUCCCUUCUAAUCGCACUUUCGAGUUGGUUUAGUCUGCAGCCUCUCUUCUGCCAUUCCCAGCCAGUGGUGCCUCACUCCUUUCUCCCUCAGCGUACAGUGAGUGCCUCCCUGUGACGGCUCCACCGCUGCGACUGUACUCCUUCUCCCGAGUCCUUCAACGUUCCCAACUGCAUUACAGGGCAAGCUACUGAAGUCCCUAGAUAUUUAGGAGUUCUUAAACUCUGAGUUUGGGAGUUCUUGAAUUGACUUUUUUGUGUGUGUGGCGGGGGGAUGAGGGUGAGUAAUCUCUCACUGUGUAAUCCCCAGCUGGCCUAGAACUCACUAUGUAAACCAGGCUAGCCUUGAAUUCACAGA